UUGGUGCAGUUGUGUACAGAGGGCGGGUUAAUGAGGGUUUCUUUGUUGUUGUCUGACUCGUGCUGUGGAGACGGAACCCACUCUGCAGCCAAACUUUUAGCUCCGUGUUCCAACUUAGUUUUAGCUAGUUAAGAAGUUUAUUUUCCCGCGUUUAGACCCAAAAAAACGUCACUGGACAGAAUCUCGACAUCUAUGAAUCUUUAGAUUCUCUUCGGUCGUAGUUACAUUAGGGUCUGGCUCAGUAAACCUACUGGGAUUGGAGUGGGUGACCUUUGACCCAGAUAUUCGUGGUGUGGGUCGGCCGGGAGCCCUCUGAGUUCAGGCCGAUCGCUUUACAGAAGCAGACGUGUUGUUCUGUGUUCUGGUCUAAUCUCAGCCCGCCAGAGUCUGAAGUCAUCAUGACAGCGGAUCUAAUGAGUUGACCAGAUUACUGAGUCUGUGUCGUUAAAAACACACCCCGUUCUCCUGAAAUGUCUUUCUCCCCUCAGUCCGGCUGAAGUCUGGGUUUUGUGCUGGACCUAUCAGGACCCGGUUCUGCUCAGCAGAGAUGGAUCCGGUUAUGGAGGAAAGCACUGAGCCCAGUUUGUGGAUUUUCAUGCUGGCUGGAGUUGGGACCGCUGUUUCCGUUAUUGGAGCUUUUGUAUUUCUUCUUUACAGAAGAUACAGAACAUCAAAGGAAGAGGCUGGUGUUCCUCACUACCGCUUCAGAAAGAGGGACAAGGUGAUGUUCUACGGCCGAAAGAUCAUGAGAAAGGUCCAGACGUUGUCCACCGCGCCUGCUUCCAACUUGAACUCCUCACGGCAACGAGGGAGGAAGAGGACCAAAGUCCUGUCCUUAGCUCGCAAGAUCCUGCGCAUCCGAAGGGAGCCACCCACCCUGCAGCCCAAAGAGCCUCCACCCUGCCUGCUGGAGGCUGACCUGACCCAGUUCGAUGUGCAGAACUCCCACCUGCCCUCCGAGGUUCUGUACAUGCUAAAAAACGUCAGGGUUCUGGGUCACUUUGAGAAGCCGGUCUUCCUCGAGCUGUGUCGUCACAUGGUUCUGAUCCAGCUGCACCAGGGGGAGGGACUGUUCCGACCCGGUGACACAGAUGACAGCAUUUAUGUGGUCCAAGAUGGCCGUCUGGAGCUUUGCAUCCAUGAGAGUGAUGGUACCGAUGCUGUUGUGAAGGAUGUACUCCCUGGAGACAGUGUCCAUAGUCUGCUCAGUAUCCUCGACGUCAUCACCGGCUACCCGGCUCCAUACAAGACCGUCUCAGCCCGGGCCGCCGUCCCCUCUGCAGUCCUCCGUCUUCCAGCGGUUGCAUUUCAGGCUGUCUUUGAGAAAUAUCCUGAGACCUUGGUCCGCGUCAUUCAGAUAAUCAUGGUGCGUCUGCAGAGAGUUACCUUCCUGGCCUUACACAACUACCUCGGUCUGACCACUGAGCUCUUUAACCCAGAGAGUCAGGCCAUCUCUCUAGUGUCGGUGGCUAACAUUCUGGUUGAAAGUCAUCAGCACAAAGGUUUCCGAAAGCAGUUGUCUCACUCUGACGACGUCGGUCCUGAAAAGACUGAUACAGGACCAGAACGGUGCAGCUCGUGUGAUGCACCCACAGCUAGAGCCAGGAAAGCCCACUCCCAGCCCAGCCCCAAUGCUGCUGCAGGUGAAGCCGUGCUGGAUGUUACCAGAGUGUUUGAGCAGGUCCAGCCCUCCAGAGAGGAGUCGGGGCCUCCUGGUCCAGUAAAGUCCAUUCUAAAGAAGAGUGUGACGAUGCAGCAUGCUCCAUCAGCUGUUUACCAUUACGACGACGCUGGAGGAGGAAGCAUUCACCAUAAUAAAGUCCACGCCAUUUUUCAAGCUGCUAAAAAAGAUUUGCUGCAAGUCAUCCAGCUGCAGGAUCCCAGUCUGCUGGAAGGAAGGGUGACACUUCGCCAGAUUAAAGCCGGUUCUGUUGUAGGUCACCAGGGAGACCAGGACGUGAGUGUUGCGUUCAUCAUCUCCGGACUGCUCCACGUCUACCAGCGUAUGAUCGACCGUGAGGAUGAGAGCCUGCUGUUUGUCACCCACCCAGGGGAACUGGUGGGUCACCUGGCCGUCCUCACUGGCGAGCCCCUCAUAUUUACGGUGCGAGCCCACCGGGACUGCACCUGCCUCUUUGUGUCCAAGGCCCACUUCUAUGAGAUAAUGCGUGAGGAGCCGAGGGUGGUCCUGAACGUUGCUCACACUGUGGUCAGGAGGAUGUCCUCGUUUGUCAGGCAGAUCGACUUUGCCUUGGACUGGGUGGCUGUGGAAGCUGGCCGAGCCGUCUACAGACAAGACGACAAGUCAGACAGCACCUUCAUUGUCCUCAGCGGCCGACUGCGCUCCGUCAUCACCAAGGAUAAUGGGAAGAAGGAGCUGGCUGGGGAGUACGGCCGCGGCGAUCUGAUUGGUGUGGUGGAGGCCUUGACCCACAUGAACCGAGCCACCACAGUCCACGCUGUCAGGGACUCGGAGCUGGCCAAGCUACCUGAAGGAGCUCUGAAUUCUAUUAAGAGGCGGUACCCUCAAGUGGUCACCAGGCUGAUCCAUGUGCUGGGGCAGAAGAUCCUGGGCAACAUGCAGCAGGUUAAUGGACCCUUGGCGGGCCGUAGUCUGUCCCUCCACACACCUGCCAGUAAGUGGGAUGCUGGUAAUCCGGUCUCCAACCUGUCCACCGUGACCAUCUUACCUGUGUCUGAGGAGGUUCCCCUCACAACCUUCACUCUGGAGCUGCAGCAUGCACUCAGUGGCAUUGGUCCAACUUUACUUCUUACCAGUGACAUCAUCAAACAGAGACUGGGCUCCGCUGCUCUCGACAGUGUCCAUGAGUACCGUCUGUCCAGCUGGCUUGGCCAGCAGGAGGACAUCCAUCGUAUUGUUCUGUAUCAGUCCGACUCUGGUCUUACACCGUGGACCCAGCGCUGCAUCCGCCAGGCUGACUGCAUCAUCAUUGUGGGACUGGGUGAGCAGGAGCCCACUGUGGGGGAGCUAGAGCGAAUGUUAGAGAGCAGUGCUGUUCGGGCUCAGAAGCAGCUGGUUCUGCUGCACCGAGAGGACGGCCCACCGCCCAGCGGGACCGCAGAGUGGCUCAACAUGCGGAGCUGGAUCUCCAGACACCAUCACCUGUCAUGUCCCCGAAGAGUCUUCUCCAGGAGGAGUCUGCCCAAGCUGAGAGAGCUGUACCAGCGUGUGUUUGAGAAACGCCCAGAUCGUUACUCUGACUUCUCUCGUUUGGCUCGAAUCCUGACAGGAAACAGUAUCGCCCUGGUCCUGGGUGGAGGUGGAGCCAGGGGCUGCUCUCAGGUGGGCGUCCUGCGGGCCCUGAACGAGUCUGGGAUUCCUAUCGACAUGGUGGGUGGUACCUCCAUCGGGUCCUUCAUGGGCGCACUAUAUGCUGAAGAAAAGAGCAGCAGUCGGAUGAGGGUCAGAGCUCGGGAGUGGGCCAUGGGCAUGACCUCUCACUUUAAGAAGAUCUUGGACCUGACCUACCCUGUCACCUCCAUGUUCUCUGGAGCUUCCUUUAAUUAUAGUAUUAGCUCCGUCUUCAAGGACAAACAGAUCGAGGACCUGUGGUUACCGUACUUUAACAUCACAACAGACAUCACAGCGUCCUCCAUGAGAGUCCACACUGACGGAUCCCUGUGGCGUUAUGUCAGAGCUAGCAUGUCACUCUCCGGCUACCUGCCUCCUCUCUGUGACCCCAAAGAUGGACACCUCCUAAUGGAUGGGGGGUACAUCAACAACCUGCCAGCUGACGUAGCUCGCAGUAUGGGGGCAAAGGUCGUCAUCGCCAUCGAUGUUGGCAGCAGGAAUGAAACCAGCCUCACAAACUAUGGGGACUGUCUGAGCGGCUGGUGGCUACUCUGGAACAGGUUUAACCCUUUGGCUGAGAAGGUCAAGGUUUUAAACAUGGCAGAGAUCCAAACACGCCUGGCCUACGUGUGCUGCGUGCGUCAGCUCGAACUGGUCAGAGACAGUGAUUACUGUGAAUACAUCCGCCCGCCCAUCGACCACUAUGGAACACUGGACUUCAGCAAGUUCGACGAGAUCUCUGAGGUGGGGUACCAGCACGGGAAGACUCUGUUUGACUUGUGGCAUCGCAACAGCGUGGUGGACAGCAUGUUGAAGGACCGACACCAGGAGGAGUUCCACAAGACCAAAACUGGACAUGUGGUCACAUGUCCCAAUGCCUCCUUCACUGACCUGGCAGAGAUUGUGUCCAGGAUUGAACCGGUCAAGAAUGUUCUGAUUAAUGAGGAGCAGUCUGAUGAGUACCAGACAGACUAUGAUGAAGAGGCGGUGGAGAGCGCCCUGUCAGACCUGGAGGGCUUUGCCCCCAGCAGCGAGCAGACCGAUGGAGAUGAGACUGCUGAAACUGAUGAAGAAGUUCUGGAUGGAGUUCGACGCCGGAGAGAAACCUCCUCACAGAGCUCUCACCUCUGACUGUCGCUGCAGCAGCCGUCUGCGGUCCACGGGAAACAGGCUUCAGGGUCCCUCAGAAGACAGUCCCCUGGUCUCCGUGGUCUGUGGAGAGCACGUGGUUUUUAUGUGUAAUCACGAGAAGUAGUGGAGAAGGUUCUUACUGACACACAAUGGGAUACUGGACCCCAUUACAGCUGUCAUCCUCUAAGCUCCCUGCUGGACUUCCUACAGCAGAACAUGAAGCUGUUGUGAAACGUGUUAAGGGUUUAUGUCCUGGAGAGGUUGUUAUGGAAAUUUUAUGUUUAUUAAUUCUUGGUCAUUGACUCAAUCAACUGAAUGUAAUAUGUAUUGCUCCAUGCCUCUUUGCAUGCCCACUCAUUCAGACACACCCACACAAGUCACACACACACACACACACACACACAAACACAUUCUUGACUUCACCCACACACACACACGCUCUCUCUCUCUCUCUCUCUCUCUCUCUCUCUCUCAUCUCUUGGUGUAAAUAAACUCUGUGGCCAGAUGUUCGGGGCAUUUUGCCUCAUGCAUUAUGCCACAGUUAUAACUGUU